AUGACCCGCCUAGGACUGAGUCGGACUGUCGGCGGGGGCGUGGUCUGGCGUGUCAUCUGCCGCACAUCAGACAAGGAAAAUACAUCAGGCCCAUACAAUAUGCACAAAAGGUUUGCCGGAGGACCUGUCCCUCCAAGCGCGAGCAUCGACGGUGCAGACAACCGCACACAGAUCACCUUCACCCAGGGUGCCCACUCCCUAUAA